AUGUCCGUCGAAGCCUUCUCUCUCCUCACGCUGAACAACGUCGCCCUCGUAGGUCCCGAUGUCAACGAACAUGGCUUCCUCUCCCUCGAAUGCGUCACCGUGCCCAUGCCCCAGCCCCAGCCCCAUCCCUCUCCCCCAGGUUCAUGGUCCAGCAAUGAACCCAGCCGCGACGUCUUCCUCCUCCUGCGCGUAAACGCGUACGAGCUCCCCGUCGACCCGACCAAGCCCAUCUCCGUCAGCGUCUCCAGCGCCGGCGCGCGCGUCUACACCCUGCGCGACCCGGACGACCACUCGCUCGUGCUCACGCUCGCCGCGCCCCCGCCGGGCGACGCGGGUGCGCAUGUGCUGGAGGACAUGGACACGCUGCAUGGCAUUCUGGAGCAGUAUACGGAGGUGCGCGAGAUGGCGAACCCGGGGCCGCCGUUGCCGUCGCGCGAGAAGAUGGCGGCGCGUACGCAGUCGCAGUCGCAGGUACCCUCGGGAUCAGGAUCGCGAGCGGGGUCGGCGUUACCGAAGGAUGUGAAGAGCGACUCGAGUCCGUCGUACGCAAAGUACGAGAAUCCGCAUGAAGAACUGCGAGGCAGGCUUGUCUUUAUCAACGAGAACACUGGAGAAGUCGUGGGCGAGCUCGAGAACCACAAUAUCAGUGAAGAUGCCUCCGUCCGGGAGAAGGGACAGGAGAAUCAGCCAGUUGUGAUCGAGAUCCCUGAUUCGGAGAAGGCGCUGGAGGAGCUCGCCGAUGAGGAUCCGCACGCAUUGUUCGUGCGCGCUAUUCCUCCUGAAGAUCGUGACUGGAUUACGCGCAGCGCAGAGCUCGCGAGUCAUGUCAUUAAAGGAUCGACCAAUCUCUUGCUGACGACAAUGACUUGGGGCACGACGUAUUACAUCAACCACUCCGCUCCCAACCCCUACGCCUCAGGGCAAACCCCUACUACUUCUACUCCGGGCACCCCAGGCUCAAAACAGGCCCCACCCCUCCCCCCUCGAGCUCUGGUGUUCCUCACUUCGCAGAACACGCGCAAGAGCCUCGCGACCGUCCAUUCCGUCAGCGCCAAAGCCGCCACUGUGUCUAGCAAAACCAUGGUGUUGCUGGAUCGCAUGAUCAAACGCGGCGCAACCACGCUCUCAGGGCGAAGCUCUACCAGUACUGCUAACGCUGGAGUAGCAAGCGCAAACUUCGGCUACGCCGGUCCCGCAGUAGCUGCGGGCGGCACUCCUCCCGUCCCGGGUGCGUUCGCUGGCGGCGGAGCGACAUCGACCUGGCAGUCACCAUUCCGCUCGCAAACCGCUCCUGCAGGCGGCGGACUCAAACCUCCUCUCCCUGCGCGUGCACCGUCACCGUCACCUCCACCUCCUUACUCGGGAUCGGGUCCAACGGGUCCUGAAAAGCCGGCUCUUCCACCCCGCAAGGGAAUGGCAGACGUCUACGAUGUUCAGUCCCCUGUAACCACCAGCGCAGGGCCCAGCAGCUCCAGCGUAAGCCUCGAAGGUGCUGCGACCCCGGGGGAGCGACAGCCGCUCAAGAUGCGGCAUCGCCUGCUGAUUUCGGCGGACCUGCUCCUGUCGACGUUCGAUAGCUCGGUGAAGCAGUUCGUUAAUGUGGGGUCGGAUAAUCUCGGGCGGGCUGUUGCGCAUAAGUAUGGGGCGGAAGCGGCUGAGAGCGCGGGACUGCUCACGGGAACCGCGAAGAACGUGGUCGCUGUGUAUAUCGAUAUGCGUGGAGUCGGGCGACGGGCGAUCGUGAAGAGGGUUGGCAAGGAGGUGUUGAAGCAGCGGUUGAGGAAAGGCAAUAAUACCACUCGAGGCUGAGCGAAUGGAAUAAAGCUUGCUGGGGCUUCUCUCGCGUUGCUGUAAGAGCUGUGUAUUGACGCUUGGAUGGACGAUCCGCUGUAACAUUCA